UGAAGGUGCAAACGUGAGUCAGACAAGCAAGAAGUUAGCAACUCAUUUCAAUCCACUUCCUAAGGAAAUAGUGGGAGUUUGUCCGAUGUACAAUAAAGAGGUAUUUUUUUAAUUGAAGAACCAAAACUGACUUCGGAUCUUUGACAAAGUGAAAACAGUUGAAAGUAAAAGACAACGAUAGAAAGCAAAAGUUGAAAAAUAAGAUCUCUCUUUUUUUGGCACCAAUUGCAGCAGAAUUAUAUGCAUUUUUUCCCGUGGAACUGUACAUUUUUGCAACUAAUAUAUUUCAUCUUAUAAUUUUGCUCCAAUCAUAGUAAUAUAUUCAUGAAUAACAAAAGGAAUCCAAGUUUGAAGGAGGCAAAUAUUUCUGAAGGAUCUGGAAGCAUAUUUUACUGUCACUGAAGGAAUGGACAUCUUGACCCUGUGUGGAAAAUGCCCCUUUUAAAAGAAAACAAAGUGGCAAAAGAAAAUUUGUGUUUGUGAUUGAAAUCUCACAGGAAUUUGGUCUCAGUUGCACUUUUAACCUCACAAAGACCAUGAACAAUUUGUUGUCUCUGCUCUGUCAUUAUUCCUUGCUGAUUCUAUUUCAAUCUAAAUAUCAGGUGUAUGGAAACAAUUCACGGCUAUCCAAAAACCCAGGGUUUGAAGUUUUACAGACAGCGUCCCACUACUGGCCCCUGGAAGAUAUGGAUGGAAUCCAUGAGUUUCGGGAUACAAAUGGAGCUCUAAGAAUCCACAACUUCACUGUGCUUCCUUCCCAUAAUUCUACCUUUGUAUAUACCAAUGACUCUGCCUACUCUAACUUCUCUGCAACCGUAGAUAUUGUAGAAGGAAUGGUCAACAAAGGAAUUUACCUCACUGAACAAAAAAGAGUUACCUUUCUCAUCUUUGGAAACUCCCAAAACUCUUGCAUUAGUAAUCCAGAAAUGUGUGGACCUGAAGGAGUAACAUUUUCCUUUUUCUGGAAGACUCAGGAGCAGCAGGCGAACUUUCCCCCAGCCUAUGGUGGACAGGUCAUUUCCAGUGGUUUCAAAAUCUGCUCAAGUGAAGAUGAAGGCUCUCUGGAAUUUUAUGCCCGUGGGAAUUCAAUGAAGUGGGAGGCAAGCUUUAGUCCCCCAGGUCCUUACUGGACUCAUAUUCUCUUCACGUGGAAAUCAAAAGAGGGUUUGAAAGUCUAUGUCAAUGGAACUCUAAACACCACCGACCCAAAUGGGAAAGUUUCCUACAGCUAUGGGGACCCCAACGCAAAUCUGCUGACAGGGACAGAGAAUGAUCAGAGCAAACGCUAUGUGAACGGGGCUUUUGAUGAGUUUAUCAUAUGGGAAAGGGCACUCACCCCCAAGGAAAUUGAACUAUACUUUACAGCUGCUAUCGGCAAGCAACUUUUGCUUCCUUCAACACCUCUGUGGCCCAUUAUGACAACCACUACAAAUCCCAUGCUCUCCACAGAUGCCUAUCAUCCUAUCAUAACUAAACUGACUGAGGAGAGAGGAAACUUCCAGUACCCAGAGGACCUGCUCCACUACCUGGAAAACAUAUCACUCAGUUUACCCAACAAAUCCCCGUCGGAGAAUACUGCCUUCAACCUGACAGAGACUGCUCCUGUUGUUGGAGGUUUAAUCGAAACAAUUGACAACGUGAUGGUGCACCUGGCCUGCAAUCUGGGAGGAAACCCACUCGUUGUAACCGUUGAGGGCUCAUCAGCUGUAGCAGAUUACUCUUUGGUCAAAAUGCCUCCUCAGACUUUGAAUUUGUCUCACUACCGCUUCCCAUCACAAGGACGGAGUUAUAUUUCUAUCCCCAGUGAAGCUUUUCAUAACAAAGCUUGGGUUACCAUUGUGGGCCUUUUUUACCAUAACAUGCACCAUUUCUUCCGGAACAUCAACCCUAUGGACACCAAAAUCGUUGAGGCUGCUGCUUAUAAAGGCUACAUGAUCUCUGCAAUGAGCUAUAUUAUUUCCCUGAAGGUGGAGCCACCACCAACCUUGUCUCAUAAUCUGUCAGGAUCUCCUCUUAUUACCAUUCGGCUCACCCAUAAAUUGACUCCUCAGCAGUACAGCCAAGCAGUGAAUGAAAGCAACAAAGUUAACCUGUAUUGUGCAUUUCUGGACUAUAGCAAUGGAACUGCCAUGUGGUCUAAUGAAGGCUGUGUGCGUGAUGGCGGGGACCUCAACUAUUCAAUCUGCCUGUGUAACCACCUCACCAACUUUGCCAUUCUGAUGCAAGUGGUACCCCUGAAGCUGACGACUCAACACCAGAUGGUGCUGUCAUCCAUCACUUACAUCGGCUGCUCCAUGUCCAUCUUCUGUUUGACUAUCACUCUGGUCACGUUUGCUAUACUGUCCUCUGUCAGCACCAUGCGUAAUCAGCGCUACCACAUCCACGCCAACCUGUCCUUUGCCAUCCUGGUGGCUCAGAUCCUGCUUCUCAUCAGCUUUCAAUUCAGCCCUGGAAUGGUGCCUUGCAAAAUCUUGGCCAUUCUCCUUCAUUUCUUCUUCCUGAGUGCUUUUGCUUGGAUGCUGGUGGAAGGAUUUCAUCUCUACAGCAUGGUGAUCAAAGUGUUUGGGUCAGAAGAGAGCAAGCAUUUAUACUACUAUGGGAUUGGAUGGGGGUGCCCACUGGUGAUCUGCAUCAUCUCUGCAGCUUCAGCCAUGGACUGUUAUGGAGAAAGUGGAAAUUGCUGGCUUUCACUGGAGAACGGCGCAAUCUGGGGUUUUGUGGCCCCAGCAUUGUUUGUAAUUGUGGUCAAUAUUGGCAUUCUCAUUGCUGUCACCCGAGUCAUCUCGAGAAUCAGCGCAGACAACUAUAAGGUGCACGGAGAUGCCAAUGCAUUCAAGUUGACAGCUAAGGCAGUUGCUGUAUUGUUACCGAUCUUGGGAAGUUCAUGGAUCUUUGGAGUUCUAGCUGUCAAUGACCAUGCAAUAGUAUUUCAGUACAUGUUUGCAAUAUUCAAUUCCUUGCAAGGAUUUUUCAUCUUCCUGUUUCACUGUCUUCUGAAUUCAGAGGUUAGAGCCGCCUUUAAGCACAAAACCAAGGUGUGGUCCCUCACCAGCAGUUCCAUUCGCAACAUCAAUGUGAAACCCUUCAACUCUGAUAUCAUGACUGGGAAUAGGCCGGGUACAACUCCUACAAAGAUGAACACCUGGGACAAGAGUACUAAUUCAGCCAAUCGGAUUGAUUUAUCAGCAGUCUGAUAUUAGACCCAGAUUCUCUCUGAAAAUCAAGCCCUACCUUCAGGACCUCCAAUACAGCGUCCACCAUUAUUUUCUCACCAUUAAUGCCAGUAGGAACUGCUCUUCUAAUCACUGCCUAAUAAAUUGGAAAUUGCCAUAUUGCUUUGCCGAGUAUGUACAAGUCUGUCCUCAUCUGCCUCCCUUCCAGUGUGUAAUGCAAUCUACCACUUGGCCAUUAGCAAUAGCCGCAGAGUAACUAGCACUACUAUACACUGGAUGGUUUUGUCAGUGACGAUGACAACACUAGGGAUGGGAAGGUUAUUGCUAUCUAAAUCUAAAGGUCAAGUAUUUCAGGAAAGAUGCAUUUUUGUGCUCUGCAAAUGAAAUGCUUCCUAUUGUGAUGUUGUAACAGGGCUAGUCUUGUUUAGCGGUGUACUCUCUGUUUACAUGUAAUAUCUUAAGUAAUCCAAUUAUCCCAGUGAAGCUUAUUAACACCACAUUCUGCCAACAGGCAUUAUAUUGGAACACUGUAAAGAAGCCAGACCUUGAAGGGGAAAAAAGAAAAAAAUUCCAGCCAUUCGGCCUGCUCUAUAGACUUGGGACCUAUGAAGCAGAUAUACAAACAACAUGUGCAUAUAUAUAUUACACACACACACACACACAGCUAACUUUUUAGAUAUUCCUUUUUCCAGAUCUGCAAUAUAUAUAAAUGGCUCUGACUGCCCUGCUCCAAUCCGCAAUGUUAGUUUCAGUUAAAGGGUGAUUUCUGUCUGCUGACAAACCAUAAUAGAAGCUAGUUGUCUCAGUCUUUCAGAUAGAUCAACAACGGUCCAUCACACGCAUUUCACAAAUGGAAUUGACCUGUAGCUUCUGGAAAUCAAAACCCACACUGUGACUUAUCUUUCUCCUUUUAGUGGUCAGAAUGAGACACUGAAUUCCAACAAAAUACUGUGAAGGUAGCAAGACUGCAGAUGGGUCUGUGUAUUGGUAUCUACAGACAUCUUUUAAACAGACCGCAAAACAGUCUUUUGUGAUUUAAGCUCUACUCAGCAUUCAUCAGCUUUUGCUUCCAAUACAAUUAUGUAGUAUCUUUGGGAGGGCCAGGGAGGGGACUCAUUUUUCAUUGGAGCAAUGUCUUCCUGGUUCUUGUAGACUGUGUCAGUCGGUAAUUCACUGAAGGUAGUUUGGACACACUGAGGCAGACCCUCAGCCACACUUUGUUGUGCCCACCCAGUGGGGUUGGUGGGGAGAGGACAAGGUGGCUUUUGCCACUGAUAUGCCCCUAUUAUCUUGAGGCUGGCCAGGGGCUAAUUUGGCCUCAAAAAUAUGCAUCUUGCUUUAUUUGCUCAGCAACAAUCGUUCCAAAGGGAACAUUCCACCAGCUCAGUCUGCUCAGACCAAAACGACAUUGUUGCCACGUCUUCUUUCUCCUAGCCAUAUCUCUAACACCCCACCCCCAACGCUGCCCCAUCUCACCCGGGGAUUCCCCUUCAGUAGGCAACCCCCCAAGUAGUUUGUGCUUGCUUUCCCAAUGCUUUGUGCCACCAGCUGUAAGGGGGCCGAUGAUUUGACCCAACGUUUUCAAAGUAUCUUUCCCCAUUUAAUUUAAUGUUUAUACUUUCCACAGUUAAGGCCAAGGCUGAUCCACUGAAGUCAAUGACAAUCUCCCAUUGAUGUUAGUGGGAGUUUUAUCAUUGAUUUAAGGGGACCGGGAUUUGUUCCCUAACUAACUAAAAAGGGAACCACAUUCUGCAGUUAUUGCAUUAACUUAAACAAAUUUACUCCAGAUGUACACAGGCAAAUCAGAGCAGAAUUUGGCCCACUGUGUCUAUCAUAAAUACUUGUAAAUACAGACAUUUAUUAAUUCUAAUCCUGUGAGCAGAAUAAUUCUAUUUUGUUGACAGCUAAAUGUAAAAGCAGGGAAAGAAGAAAGCUAAAUACUGAAGUGGCUCUCUCUCUCUCUAUCGGCUUUUGUGCAUAGGCUUGCUCUUAGCCCUUUGAGCAUUGGAAUAAUUAUUACAACGGUGUAAAUACAGCAGACCCUUGUGGAAAGAGAAUGUCUGUUCCAAGAGAUACAAUAGGAAGAGUGAUUGGAAUAUAUGGAAGCAGGUUGUUGUAACAGAACUGUACUGUGAUAACAGAGUUCAAAGUGUCUGUGUUGUGUGCUGAUAAAAUAUUUAAACAUAUUUUUGAUACUGAAGCACAUUUUUUAAAAAACUGUGACCAUGGAUAUAGAUUUUAACCCUAUUAGGCGAUUUCUCUUCUAAUCAUUACGUUAUAGUAAAAGUGAUGUUGUGAAUGAGUCAUAGGAAAUACAAGGGGUUUAAAAAAACCUGGAUUUUUAAAUAUUUAUAAUUCCCACUGUGCCAUUUUCUCACUUUGAAUGCAACUCCUUUGCUAAAUUUAUAGCAGUCACCUAAGUUACUGUCAGUAGCAAUGAUUAUCAUAGAUCCAUUUGAAAAUAACAUUUGACAUACAGUACAACAGCAUCUACUAUAAAGGGUUAAAUCUAUUUUUUUAUCCAGGUAUAACAUAUAAUGUGGUCCCCAAAAUACAUCAAUAGACUCAAUGAAUCAUGAAGAUGAUUUUUAAACACUUUGGAAUAUGACAUAGAUGUAUUAUAUAAGGAGUGAACAUUUAUUAACCCAUAUGUAUUGAGACCUAUUGAAGAUACUGCAAUGUUUUCCAGUACAUAACCUGUGUCCCAUGCUUUAUCUGUGCAUUUUGAACAUAAAGUAGUAUAUCUUGGUUAUGUCACGUGAGUUUAGGAGUUAGAACACUGUAUUAUUAGUAAUGGGAAUGGAGUUCCUUUUGUUUGCUUCUUUAGUUUCUGAUAAAGUAGUAAAAAACCACAAGCAUAUUGUAAAUGUCCACCCCCACCAAGUCUGUUCAUCUUGUUUGAUUCUAUGUAUUUUUCACAGUUUUACUGAAUGCAGAAAAUAUACUGAAAUAGAAAUGCUUGAAAUGAAUCUUCAAAAAACCCUGUUCUUAUCCUCAGUCUUAAAGUAUGAAAAUCAUGCAGUUUAUUUAUGGGCUUGUAUAUGGCAGCUUUUGCAGUAUUUCUUCGGGACAGCAUCAUUUUCUCAAUGGUAUGAAAUCUUAAUUGAAUGAGAUGUGAGUUUUAAAUUAGAUUAUGUAGCAAGAAUGAUUUUGCAAGUAAGUAAUAAUAAA